GCGUGGUGUUGAUUUGACAGUUUCCCCUCCACUGUGGUUGACUGUUAAAAACAUUGUGUCACUACAGUGAGUCACACAGAUGCAAGACAGUGCAGGGAGAAGACACAGCUACAGACGUACAAUAGAGUUGAGGUUAGAAAUAGAAGUUAUUGUAUUUGACCACAAGUGUGUUAAGAUGUCAGAGGGAGUCUAUGAAAACGAUGAGCCUGAAGCAAUGAAGAACACAGACAUUGAUGGCCAAUUAUAUGGCAACGUAGGAGCCUUCAAGCCCAGUACAAGAGAUGGAGUUGUUGCUUCAGUACCUGUGUCCACAGAACCUGAUAACUCAGGGAAGAGAUCCUCCAGAGUUGCUGCAGUGUGUCUGGGGCUGCUGUGUGUUCUACUUGCUGGGAUCAUAGGCCUGUCUGUCUACUAUUAUGGGAUUUAUAAGGGUUUCUUAGCCUAUACAACCAACUCAUCUGCAGAGAGAGACCAGCUACAGACCAGCUACAACAACCUGACUACUGAGAGAGGCCAGCUACAGACCAGCUACAACAACCUGACUACUGAGAGAGACCAGCUACAGACCAGUUACAACAACCUGGCUAAACAGAUAGAACAGCUACAGACUGAGAGAGAUUUUCUUAGGGGGUGGCUUACCAAGUGCAAACAAACCUGUCCUGCUGGCUGGCAGAAGUUUGAAUCCAGCUGGUACUUCCUGUCUACUGAGACUAAAACCUGGAAGGAGAGCAGAGAGGAUUGUCUGGAGAGAGGAGCAGACCUGGUGAUCAUAAACAGUGAUAAGGAACAGAAAUUUCUCUUCGACCUCAAGAGGAGAGUCUGGAUUGGUCUGACCGAUUCGGUUAAUGAGGGGACCUGGAAAUGGGUGGACGGCACCCCACUGACCACAGGGUACUGCCAAUUACGCACUCUGCUACAGAAACCCAUACCACAACAUAUGGAGUCAGCAGAAGCAGGUGCCCCUGGAAAAGGGGUGAAGGAGCGCGCCCAGGAGCAUGUGGCGAUGCUCCACCAUCUCGGCGCCCGCCAUGGACCACGUUGUCCAAAACAUGGACCCUGGGAGAGACAGGGAGUUCCUCCAGCACCUCAACCGGGGUCUCCACUACUCGCCCCCACUUCACCCGGUCCCAGUGGGAUUCGUCUCGACCUUCCCCGGGAGUACGAUGGGACGGCUGCAUGCUGCCAGGGUUUCGACCUGUAUAUGGCAACCGACCACCCGGCUCCUUCAGGCAGUGAGAAGGUGUCCGCCCUCGUCUCGUGCCUCUCUGGGAAAGCCUUCAAGUGGGCCAAUGCCAUGUGCGGAGAAAGAGAUGCGGCAGUGGCCCAUUUCGAGGAUUUCACCUGCCGCUUCCGGGCAGUCUUCGACCACCCACCCAAGGGUAGAGCGGCGGGUGAAUGUCUCUUCCAUCUGAGGCAGGGGACGAGGAGCGCCCAGGAGUUCGCCAUGGAUUUUCGGACCCUGGCUGCCGGCUCUGGUUGGAACGAUAGGGCCCUCAUCGACCUCUAUCGCUGCAGUUUGCGCAAGGAUGUCCGUCGGGACACCGCCGCUCCGGUGCCCAUGAAACUGGGGGGUCCUGUACGCAGGGAGACUGGAGGAGGUUCCGUCUCGUGCACCAGCUGUGGCCGCAGAGGUUACAUUAUUGCUCAAGCUAACCCUUCCUCCUGGAAUGCCCAGGAAUAUGCCCACAACACCCUCAUCAACGCCUCAUCAG